AUGAAUUCCCUCGAAGCGAUCUUCGGCGAGCUAGGCAUCUCUCAAUACCUUGACGCCUUUGUCGACCAGGGUUUCGAUUCGUGGGACACGAUUUUAGACAUUACCGAAUCUGACCUGGACGCGCUUGGUGUCAAGCUCGGCCAUCGAAGAAAACUCCAGCGCCGUAUAGCGAAUUACCGAGGUCUUGCACCUGAUGCGUCCUUGAUAUCCCCUACGCGUACCAGCAUCGAAGAUGUUAGGCUCGAUUCGACUCGGGCGGAGCCUGUCAAAUCCGACAAGUCGGACGGAGCUACCGUUGCGAAGCGCAAGUAUAGACGGCACCCCAAGCCUGACGAAAAUGCCCCCGAACGGCCGCCUUCGGCGUAUGUGUUAUUCUCGAACAAAAUGAGAGAGGAUCUGAGAGGCCAGAAUUUGACGUUCACGGAGAUCGCUAAACUGGUCGGUGAGAAUUGGCAAAACCUCAACCGCGCUGAGAAGGAGCCUUUCGAAAGGCAAGCGCACGAGGCAAAGGAGAAGUACAAUCGCGAGCUGAGCACCUAUAAGAAGACGAACGACUUCAGGAAAUACAGCGACUACCUGCAUGAGUUUCGAAAACGACAGGCGGCCCAAUUACAAGAAAAAGACGCUUCCAAGCGUCUCAAGACAGAAUCGGACAGUACUCGCGGAAGUAGCACGAGUGGCGGUUCGACGGGGCCUAGUGGUACGACCAGUGGCACGGGUAGCGGAUCCGACAGCCAGCCUGGUAGCGAGCCGCCGCCAACACGUCAGCAAAGGAUGGGAUCGUCGACGUCGACGGUCGACAGCAAUUUCUCCCCGAGGAUGAACGGGAUACAUCAUGGGGACGAGCCGCUGCAUUCCCCGAGGACCCUCUCGUACGACGAGCAAAUUAACGGGCGACCACGUGGGCUGUCGAGUCCUACUUCUCGCGAUUCCCCUAGCCACCACUCGAGCAGUCGAUCUCGCUGGUUGGAGAGCCAGCGGAUGUAUGCGGAGUCUAAUCACACGAGCGCCUCGUGGUUUGACCCGAGAAAUAUCCAGGGAUCGCUCGCACAUUCGCCAGAGAGUAGCUUGCCUACGCCAGUCUCGAGCUUGGGCCUGAGUAACGGAUCUGCUCGCGGGUCAAGGUCGUCGGCGUCCGGAUCACGGCCACCAUCGUUGAAGACCGAGCAGUCUUCAGCUGGGAGUGUCAGUUCGUACAGUUCUUAUAAUACCCCGAGGACCCCAAGCGACGCCUCUCUGCCGAUACACGCGCUCCUAUCAUCAAAACCGGAACCGCAGUAUUCUUCACGCCAAACCACCGUGUCCCAUGCGCCACUGUCAAUCCUGCAAUCGCAGCCUGGCCGUCCGCCAGGAGAUCGGCUAAACGGUAGCAUGGUUGAGACCCACGGAAAUGGGUUUCUCCCCGGGCCGAUCCCGCCUAAGUACAUAAUACCCAGCUUCCAAAAGGAAGCAGUAUACGGUGUACCAGCUGAGCCGAAGCUAACUACUACUUCUAAAUUGAACGGGAGUAGCGAGAAUGGCCUGGAUGGCAUCAGUGCUCUACUCAAGGCUCGAGAAAUCGUGGACCGGCGGUAA